UCGUCGUCGUGACUUGAUAACAUUUUUUAUUUUUUCUAGAAUUAUAUUUAUAUUGCAAUGAGUGUAUAUGCUUGUAAACUAAAGAGACGUAGAGAAAAAGGCAGAGAGAGGAUGAGAGAGAGAGAGAGAGAGAGAGAGAAUAAAAUUCCCGAAAAGAGAAAAUGCUGAAUGCAUAUACAGGCCUUCGAUACAUUAUUAUCCCUCUCUUCGCUGGCAAUUCCAAGAGUUCUCUUUUCUCUCGCAACCCGCUAUCAUCGUGCAAUGUGGAUCUCUUUCGACCUACAAUUCGUCACCAAUAAGCGGUCAACGGUGUAGGUAGGCAGUCGGCAUUUUUCUCUCUGUGAGCUGCGAAGCGCGAGCUUAAUUCGCGUGCCGAAGCGUAUCGAGGGUAGAACGCAACGUUAUUACCCCCGCUUGACCUUCAAACAGAUAACUAGGCUACGCAGCUCGGAUGCAUCGUAAAGGAAAGGAUUUAAAAAACCCCGACUCGAUCGUAAAACGCUGGUAUUGCUAUUCAUCGGUCCGUGCAUUUCGAGACCUAUCCCUUUGAUCAUUUUCUGGUAACGCGAGAGAUGUUCUCGCAACAGCAAGGCCUGAAAAUCAUUUCCGCGGAUUGAAAAGAAGAAAAGAGAAAGCUUAAUCCAUUAGGGGAGAUUAAAACAACUCUCUUCCUCGCGAGAUCAAAGCGUGAUUUAAUGGACCGGUCUGGAUUUCGUUGAUAGAUUCCCGCGAGUCGAGCAAAAAUUUUAUUCCCAGCCGCACUAACUUUCGCACAGUGGCGAGGGAUGACAUUCAUUAGCCGGGAACAAACUUGUUCGAGCCAACGAUGAAACAAUGCGGUCUCACGGCUAGGAUUUAUUCGUCGAAGGGUAUCAAGACCGUCGAUUACGUCAGUGCGGGAGGUUUAGGGUGUCGAAACGGUUGGUGGAAAAAGGAACGAAAGAGGAGAGAACGGGGGCCGAUCGAUGGAUUGAGGCGCCAGGUCCUGAGCUCAGCCCCGUUUCGUGCCGUCACCCUUUACCCCCGUUCCCGUCUCCGUUCCCCGUGUACGUGCCCUGCAGCAAACCCGCCCUCCGGGCUUCGCUCCUCGCCACAAUCCGUGCUCUGCUCUGUGCAGUUGCGCAUCAACCUCUUUACCGCUUGCACCUGCAUUCGGUCACUGGACUUUUCCGGCUCCGUGCAAACGGUUCCUUCUCUUCCACCGACUCGGGACCGCGGCACGCACACGAGCACACGCGAAUUCUCACCCGGUGCGCGUUUCAAAGAUCAAAGGGAGACGGGAACGAAACGCUUCUUCCUCAGUCGUGGACAUUUUCUACCAUUCGAAACUAAUCGUGUUUCGAUGUUGUCAAUCGACAGUGUCACUCGUCGGUUUAAUCAUGUCGGUUGUCAUCAUUAUCACCAGGAAUCGCGGUCUCGCCAAGCUUGAAUCAGUUCCCGGGUACCGUGUGAAACUUUGAUUCCGUGCCAUCGAUUCAGGCCUUGCUAUUGUGAUGUUCGUUUCACCGACAGAUGAUUAUGGAGAUAGCUGAUGCCGGUGGUGGUUAUAAACGAUUCCUCGUUCUGUUGUUACUUUUGCACGGACGCACGGAAGUGGUCUUAGCCGGUGAUUGCGGUCUAGCCGAAUUAACUUGCCGGGAUGGGCAUUGUGUACCGAUUGACGCGUAUUGCAACGGAUGGGAUGAUUGCGGCGAUAACAGCGACGAACCGCCGAUGUGCACGCCCUGCAAUCGUACCUAUCACGGACGCGAAGGGCGCACCUACAAAUUGGAUCUUCCGAGACCGUCGGAGGAGCGCCUGCCGUUCCUCUGUCAUCUGACGUUCACCGCUGCUGGCCAGGGGUACGGGGAGCUGGUGCAGCUCCUCUGGGACGCUUUUAGCGUCGGCAGAGUCGAUCCCACGGACAGCUUCGUCACUAGCUGCCCCGAAGGAUCGUUGCAGCUCGCCGAACUGGGGAGGCACUUCACCGGUGGUUCCUGGUGCGGAGUCGGCGAAGGGAAGGCUACGUACUACAGCGAGACCAGCACCGUGACAGCCUCCAUACGCUUGUUCCACGCGCCUUCCAGCAUCCCCUUCGAGUUUCAUCUGAGAUACAGAUUCGUCUCGCGCAACGAAGCCGUCGCCAGACUGGGGAAACCCGAAGUUCCCAUCGAGAGAGGUUCCCCGGUACCGGGUACUUAUUGCUCGAGGAACUUUUACGAAUGCCACUUGAAGCAGUGCAGGCUGCAGAGCCCGAACUAUCCCGGGGAAUAUCCGAGAAACGCGAGCUGCCUGAUCACCAUAAGGCAGAAGGAAGUGCCCACCUGCAAGCACGCAAUGAUUUCCGUCAAGUCCAGUCCCACUGGCCCGGCGGGAGUUAAUACGGCCAACAGUACUUUGAGCGUGUGGCACGAUUGUCCACCGGAGAAGGACCGACUGAUCUUUCGCGACGGCGUCAGACCGGAAGACCAGAUUCUACUGAUUUAUUGCGGCGGCCCUUUGCCCAGAAUCACUGCCAGGGGUCCGACGAUGCAGGUCGAAUUUCGAAGUUCCCCGAUAGCAAUUCCCCUCGGCGCAUCCGCGUUGAGGAUCGAGCUGGAGAUCCAAGUGGUCUACGUCGACUCCGACGGUCUCGAUUACGCCAAGGGCUCUUCGGACUGCCACUUCUUCGUGAACAGUACCAAUAAGAGGAGCGGCGUUUUGAGGGCACCGCUUCACGCAGUGCCACCGAACUCCAGUUGCACGUGGAACAUCAAAGGAUCCGCCGGAGACAGGGUGUGGAUCUACUUCUCCUCGUACUCGCAGAGGGAUUUGACGGGCAGCGUCGAGAACAACGCCAGUUCUCAAAACCAGGCGGACGUCCCUUGCGCGGUGAAGUUGAUCUUCUGGGACGGUACUCCGACCACAGGAGCCGCGAUGGCUACUCUCUGCGAUGACACGCCAAAGUUAUGCGCGCACGCGGCGUUACGGAACAACACUAGAAGCACCAGACCCUGCACCGAGGACGAGAGUUACAUUACCGUGACUCCGUCCUUAACGUUGCGCAUGGAAACCUUGCUGGGCACCUCUCUUCACACCGUUAAUUUUAAUGCGCAGUACGAAUUCAUCUCGACGACCCAAGUCGGGGAGCCGUGGGACGCUGGCGUUUGCAGCAGAAUUUGGCGCAAAGUUCGAAGCGGCGAGGUAUUCUCGCCGCGCGACGUUCGCCUCUUCGGACGCGGUGGGUCCACGAGGCUGGACUGCAGAUAUCGCAUCGAGGCUGGGGCGGACGAGCGAGUACGAUUGACGUUGCACAACGUCAGCUUAGGAGAAUCGACUCUCUGUACCAGCGAACCGGACCCGCAUACCGGGCGACCGCGUUGCGUACAGGAAGUCGGCUCCAGAGAGGCUCGUUUAGUCCUGUACGAAGCUCCCUGGAAGGACGUGAGACUUCAAAGGGCUUGCUUAUGCGAUAACACGUCGAACCUUCCGCUGACGCACAUCUCCUCGGGCAGAGCUCUGGAGCUCACUUUCCUGGUCGACCAACAGGCCCCGCACGAAGACUUCCAAACCCUGUUCUUUUACGCGAGCUUCGAACUCGUCCGGGCUCCCGAGUGUCCCAGAAAACAGAGAGUUCGUGGAGAAGGUGGCGAACUGCGAUUCGUAGCUCCUCCUUUGUCAAGACCGGACAUUUAUUGCGAAGGUCUUCCAUGGCUGGUGGAGGCUCGUGAGAACAGAUCUCUGUUCGUGUUAAUUUGGGGCUGGUUCCUCCCCCUCGAGCCACCUCCCGUAACGGAAAUGACGGAGCAAGCCAAGUGCCCCACGACCAACAGAAUCCUCCUCUACUCCGGUUGGCCGCCGAAACUUCUAAAGGUGGUCUGCCCGGCGGAACCAGGCGCGAGAGAAUACACCGUUCACGUAUUUUCUGAAGAGUGGCUGGGUGGAAGCGGGGAAGGCAAAUGGCCAGGUCCUCCGCGGCCUCCGGCGCUCCUGCUAGACUUCGUGGCAAGGGAAUCGGGACAGGCCGCCGCUUCCUGGUUAGAGAUCUCCAAGAGCAGAUCCGCGUUACGGCGGCAGUUGCGGCUACCGGAGCGGGGAAUCGAGAACGAGACCCUGAGUAACGGAGACUGCCCUCACAAGUGCCCCGAAUUGAGCGCCUGCAUCGCUGCGUCGCUGUGGUGCGAUGGCCGGGCUCAUUGCCCGUCCGGGCACGACGAGGCGAACUGCGACAAUGGCGCGAAACUACUUGGACUACUGCCAUCGGAAAUGUGGCUCGUGCUGGCCGGCGUCUCCGGAAUCAUCGCUGCCUUCGCGUGCUUCUUCGCUGUCCUUAUUAGCAGAUCAAAAGCGCGCACAAAGAGACUUCAUUACAAGGGUACAAAGAAAAGCAAUAGACCGAGACGGGCACCGACGGAAGAGACAUUGUUAGGAGCGGCAUCCUGACAACAGCAGCCCGGUUUCGUGGAGUACAUCCACGUGGACCGGGAGACAACCGUCUAGCAAUAUUUCUCUGUGCUUUACCGUCCACUAACUUAACGCUACUCCCAACUCCCAGGUAUGCUAAAGCGAGGAGAACGGUUCUCUUUUUAUUUCUUUCUUUCUUUACCUUGCCAUAUCUCUUGUGACUUUCAUGUUUAAAUUUAUGGUUUCUCAUGAGAUUAAAAUAGCCACGGGUAAUCAGUAGGUUCUCUAUAAUUAUUCUCACGAUUUAUACGAGGUAGAUCAAACAGUUAGUUGUACGAACGUUUAGAUUAACGUUUCACGUAUUCAUUCAUAGUGUAUGAUAGCUAACACUAACGACUAAAACUCAUUGCUGCGGUUUUAUCGAACGCUCUCCAUUCUUGGGAUGAAAAGUAACACGCGGUUCAGUUACGAUAGCGUUUUAUAAACCGGAGAGAUGCUGCAGCCGAUUAAUAUUAAUAUGCAGAAAUGAAUAUAAUUUGAAUACAAGUAUAUCACGCGUAUUGCUCAAAAAGUAAAUGAUUACUGCCAAAAAGGAAAAUAAUAUUUUCAGUUCGUUUAGCGCGUACCACAUGAUUAGCAGCAAAGUAAAAAAAUGUACUCGGCACAGAUCAACCGUUUCGUACUGUUUUAACAUAAACGAAAGGAGGAGUUUCGUGGUUCAAAAUUAAUCAUACAUUCUACGAACAAUGCCAAAGAUUAAUUUCAAACGUGUUCAACGACCUUUAAACAUAUUUUUGUGACUACUUCGGAUAUAUUUAACGGUAACAAAGAAUUAUAAUAAUGACGCGCAGUUAAAGACACUUAUUUAAGAUCUUAUUGAAUUUACCGAACGGGGGGACUCUCGAUGUUGAUAUUGUUGAUAUCUUUUAUUUUUGUUUCGCUCUAAAUACGGAGACUGUAAAGUACUACACUUAUAAGGGAACAAUUGUGUAGGUGAAGUUCCAGCGCACAAGAGAUUGUGAAGAAAAUAAAGGGAAUGACAAAAUGACAAAAAAAAUUAGCUGAGACUUACGGUACGAUACGCUAAUCUCUAUAGAACACAGUGAUCGUGUACUAAUGACAUAAAGACCCUAAUUAAAACUGCAAUCUUUAUCGAGACGUUUAGGGUGCAGGCUGAAGGACCAAAAAGGUCUCAAUAAAGAUGACCGUAGCUAUUUCGAUUGGGGCUAUUAUCACUAGUACAGGUCCACUGUCCAGUGUUCUAUACAGAUCAGUGGUACAAUAUUAUAUAACAGUUUUCACUUUAUUCUGAUUAAUAUUUCGUUGAAGAGUAAUGAUCGAACAGUGAUCAGUUUGCAACGAUCCAUACACAGAGUAGCAAAUUAUAUUCUUAUUAAUCAAUUGAAACGAAGAAAAUAUACAUGGCCGGUGUGAAUAAAAAAUAUGAAAUGGAUCAUAGAAUAUUUCUGGGUGUGUUCUAAAUGGAAGAUCAAUCGAGAAUCAUAAAAUCGCUGUUAUACAAUAUUUAGUACUAUAGUUGAUAGUUGCACUCUUACGAGGUAAGGUUAAAAAUAGCUGUGACACGAGGAAAAAGUUGGAGGGUAACGAUAACGAUAUAAUUUACUAUUACAUAUAUAUAUAUAUAAAGCACUCGAUAAUGUUAAGACGUUGUUAUUAAAGUAUAAUUGUUGUUACGACACAAACAACUGAUACGUGUGUGUAUCAAUUAUUUGACUAAACUGAACGAAGACAAGCGAUGCGAGCUCGCCUACAUCGAUUCGUGAUCGCAUUCGUCGUCGUCGUCGUCGUCGUAUAUUUUAAAUGGAAAAUCGAAACAUUAGGUGGACGAAUUACAAUCCAAAGAAAAUGAGUAAAUCAAACAUAGUUUUUAAUUCAACUAUAUAACUGUAGAUAUUGAGGUUACGAAUCGUCGGUUAAGGGAUUAACGAUUAAGCACCACUCUCUAAGGACUGAAAGUAAAUUGCAAGCGAUGCAUUGAUUAAGUAAGAAAAGAGAAGCGAAGAAAAGGCAAAAGGGGAGAUUGCGUAACGUAUAAGUGCUGUUGAGAGUAACGUUAAUGUAUCGUGUAUCUAGAGGUUAGGAAAUGUAAAACACGAAUUAGAGCCGGAGUAGGUGAAGUAACAUACAUGGAUUCUGUAUCACGCGCAGGACUGAUUCCUUGCAAAGCUGAUUAUUCUUCGUUUCUAUCUAAAGGACAGCGAGAAUUCUAAAAACGAAAUUCUAACAAAUAUUUUACUGUUAUAAGUCGUUCGUUUCCAAUUGUAAUUGCAAGGGAUUGAAAUGCGAGAAGCGUGUUCCGAUACCAAAGAUACACACCUCUACGUACUUUAAGAGAACUGACUGUAUGCGUGUAUCAUGGUCCGCUAAAAGUAUUCCCAAUUCCGAGUCUGAUUUGAUAUUCGUAAGAGGAGUUUGAACAAUUCCGUUGUCUGAUCGUUUCGUUGAUCGAUCUGUGAUCUUCGUUUCUGUAAAUAACUUAAUGAUCUCUCGUUUGUUACAGGCUGUGUUACUUUAAAAUAUAUGUACGUCUGUGUUUGGAUAUAAUCCGAGUAUGUAGUAUCGGUUCGCGUAGACCAUGUAACAUAGAGUUGAAUGUAAGUAGCGAGAAUUAGAGAAACUUUAAUGAGGGAGUCCGACGACUAACGAUCGCCUCCUUCAGACUAUUCUAAUCCAGAUAACGAUUUAGAGUUUUGAGAGGAAUACAUUUUAUGAAGAGGAAAAGAGUACCUAUAAUUAUAUAUACUAGGCUCUACUUUAGUAACGAAUUUACUUAAAGAGGAAGAGUAAAAAAAAUCUAAAUAUUAUAUAUACACUCAUAGAAUAUAUAUAUACAUAUAGUUUAAGAUUUACUUGUAUGUAUUCGGAUGAUUGUACGUACGCAUCCGUUUAACGUUUGUAGAACGAAGGAAACGAAAAUCGAAUCUGUCGUUUAAAGGGGGGGUUCGCUCUCGUGGAAAAUACAUAGAGUACAGAACUUAUUGCCUUUUACGUACGUAAGUGUGACAUCGGGAGUCACGUGUAAUUUCACCUAACAAUAAGAAGAAGUAAAGGGGAACGUAUGUACCUAUUCCAUUAUGUACGUUUUAAACGCGGCGGCGUUGGGCGUACGUAGAUUUUUACUUUGCUCGCUCGUUUAGUUCUCACGAUCAACAGAAUCCAUCGGUUGGAACUAAGUACGCACCGUGAUGAAUGGCACGAUGGUGAACGUUUGCCCAGCGCCGGUUGCAACCGUAGAAAUAGGUAGAUGCCAAAGAGUAUUACGUAGAAAUAAUUAUAAUUUCACGAGUUCUCAACGACUUCCUCCUCCGCUCUUCUUCCUUGUUUAGAAGUCUCCCCAACUUGUUUCGAAGUCUUCCUGAUCAUACAUAAAUGAUAUAGUACAUAUAUACGUACUUUAAGUUCUGUCACUGCCUCGAUAAAUAAGUCAGAGAAACAGGAUAGGGUGAAAUCAUUCUGAAUCGCUGCCCUUCGUUUAAACAGAAAAUUCAUUUGCAUGCGGAUACACUUAUAUUUCAACAAACAGUUUUUCCGCCGUUCACAAUUAUCGUUUGGACAGGUUCAAGGGGAAUCUUUCGUAUCCCUCGAACGGAGACAUACACAGAAGACACGUACACACACAUUUGUAUCGAUACUUUGAAUUUGAAAUAAAUGCGAGAAAUUCAAAGUA